UCUAAUUUCUAAUUGGUUUUCUAUCGGACCUUAAAUAAGUAUUUAAAUUAAAAACGAUUACACGAACUAUUCCUGCGCUUCUAGUGUUUGGUGAAUUAUUUGCUUUGAAUUCUUGUAGUUAUUAAUUCUUAGUUGGUAGUAACUCGGUUUAGCAAAAGAAAUAUAAAAGUCUUCAUAAAAUAUAUAGUGAUAUUGUGUUAUUCUCGUUAUAUUUGUGCAGAUGAUAUAUUCAUGCGUAUAUAGUAUCAAUAUAUCUUGUUUGGUCAUGUCAACGAUAUUAUAUUGAUAUCUGCCUACAGCGAAAGAUGAGUUUAGAUUCCUAAGACUACGUUGGUUAGCCUAUAGGUAAGUGAACUUUCCACAACUACGCUUUCUUUACGUUGCUAUUCAAUUAAUUGUACAUUAGUCUCAAUACCUGAUAAUCUUUUUCUAAACUUUAAACUACACGUUUUCAAUAAUUGUAAAUUAAAAAUAUCGCAAUAACUGAUGGAAUUUAAGUUCAAAAUAUGUUAUUUACAUGUGACCAAGAAUUAAAUGCUUAUUCUAUUGAAUUGUCGUUCUCCAUUUGUUAAACAAAUUAAAAAAAAAAAAGAAGAAGAAGAGUUUGUGUGCGCCAAAAUUAAUUUGCUGAAAAAUUUUACUCUAAGCGUAUUCUCUGUGCUCUCUGAACGAAAAAGAGCGGCAUAAGUCACGAAAAAAUCUUGAAAAGUUUUUUCGGUACCUUAUCGAACAAACAACAGAAAUGUAUCAAUAUAAAGUCAGCUCUGCAAGCGCUCAAAGUAAUAGCAUACAAAAAUAAUAAGAUGAGAAAAAAAGUGCUCAGUCAACAAUGUGAACGCUUGAUUAAAAGCGAAAAAUACAACGAAAAUGUAACAAUUAAAAUAAAACAUCGCGAAGAGCACCGAGAAAUCCUUAUUGCAGAGCUUAACAUCGAAGGAGAAGGGAAUACUCCAAAAGCUCAAGGAAUCUGUUGUGAUUUUGCUUUGUCUGGUCACAUUUUAUCAUGAAGGCGGAUAUAAUCUGAUAUAUCGAUACGUUAGGUCAAAAGAGGCCGCUUAUUGCUAUAAGCUGCCUUAAAAACAUGGAACGUUAGUGAAGCUUUAGUAAAUUUUUUCUUUUGAAAAAUGUAUAUUCUUUUUAAUUUCGAAAUGCAUUCACUAAAAAAAUGAAAAGCAGUAAAUUUGUUUGCUAACAAAAGAUUGCUCGGGCUUAGCCGAAUCAAAUCGUUACAUAUUAAAUAAGCCGUACAAAUCUGCAGACUAGUUGGUUGGGUAUGAAGUAAACUCUUCAUGUUUAUAAAAACCAAUACUACAGUCUAAAGUUUAACUUCAACCAAGGCGCACGCGACUUUUAAGUUAGUGGAAAUGGAAAUUUUAUUCAAAAAUUUUUUGAAUAAAAAUGAAUGAACUAAAAUAAAAUUCAAAAGUGUUACACGUAAUCAAAUGGCAAUUGAAAGAUUUUAUAUAUAAAAAAAAAAAAAAAAAAAAAAAAAAAAUUCAUUUCAACCUAAACAACUAUCAAAACUAUCUAUCAAAAUUGUUUUAAGACAUUGAUGAGCGUCAAUUAUUUAAGCUUUAAGGUCAAUACGAUCUAAUGUUUGCCGCAAAGCUGAAAAAUUUGCAUAAAAUAUUAUUUAUUUUUUUGUAAAACACUGCAAAAAUAUGCAUUUUUAUCGUUGGUGUCUGUUGCAAGCGGCAUUUUACAUUGGCUUAGUUGCAAUCGCUUAUGCAAGCCGCAGGGAAGUUGGACAACAUUUAGCGGAAGUAAAUCAACCAAAUGCAGAAACUUUAUUGCAACCAAUAAAAUUCGGCCUUAAAACUGCAACGAAGCAGUCAAAACCGGAAGAUAUUUCGACUUUUAAUUAUAUAAGAAAUGGAACUUUUGCAAAAAAUAGUUCCAUUUUACCGAUCAAUCAAACGAUAAAACAUUUUAACUCUACACGACCGGGAAUAGAUGAAAAGUUUAUACAACAGCUUGAUAUUCCCACAAAGGGUACGUCAACAGGUCAUCAGCAACAUUUGCAAUUGCAAUUGAAACAAAAUCAGCAUCAGCAUCAGCCUGAGAAACGUAAGCAACGUUCACGUACAUCAUCUGAAUAUAAAAUAACAAAUCCCAUGCAAUUAAAUAUGCAGCCUAAAGAAAUCCAUAGACAAGCAAUUAUUCCGAUUACAAAAAAAGCAAUACGUGCGACUUCUUCGGCAUAUCAGCAACAAAAAUCACUAACAACACAAUUCCCACCAUCGUCAUCAUCAUUUUCAUCGUUAUUUUCAGCUGCAGCAGCAGCAACAACAACAACAAAAACAACGCAACAUAAUGUGAAUAGCGGUAACAAUAACUCUAUCGCUGUUGGCAAUAAAAGCCCUAAAAAUUAUAAUAACAAUAAAGACAACAAAAGCUUGCAAUUGUCUAACGCUAUUCAACUGGAGACUUUUCCUAUUUCGAAUGGAACAACAACGAAGUCUUCGAUGCUUAGGCAUAAUAGUCGAUCAAUUGUUAGAAAAUCUUCGGCACGUGGUAAACCUGCCCAACCAACCGCCUUUGGAGCACAAUUCUCUCUGCCUUUGUCUUUCAAUAUAUUUUCACCGGAAUUUUGGCAAUUUUUCAUUCAACCGUCUAGUCAAUCAUUACAAACCGCAGCAACAACUAGGAAGCCACCUAAAAAGUAUAGACCAACCACUUCGCCAAUAAAUUCAUCCGCCUUGACUCGAGUUUCGACGAAAGAAGAGAAACUGAAUUAUCAAAAGCCCAAAACAACUAAUAGCAAUGCCAAUAAAUCAAUAAUAUAUUCAGUUAAAGGUAACAAUACGACAGCAGUUGAGGGCACUACUAAACGUAACGAGGAACCUUUUCGUAUCGCUGUACCGACUGUAAAUAGAUUAAGUUCUAAACGAGAUACGGAAAUAAAUCCGGAUAAGGAUAAGCGAGAAACCGAAACAAAAUUACGGGAAAAAUUCAAUUGUCCGCGCGAGAAUGAAGUACGCUUUCAAUUGUUUCCAAAAAUUUGUAAAAUUGACAAUGACUGCAAAGUCUGGAAUAGAGAUGAAUUGUGCUGCGAGAUAUUUGGAGCUAAAAGUUGUGUAUCGGGCAUACCGAAACCGUUACAAGAAGCUCCGCAUGCACCAAUUUUGGGUCUUAUUCCACGCAAGUGUCCAAGUCGACCUUUAGCAGAGCUAUGGUGGGAAGUAGAAGAAUGUGAAACCGAUACAGAUUGUUGGCCACGUAUUUGUUGUCCAGAUGGUAGAAAACGUUAUUGUCGUACUUCUCAACCCGAACUGGAUACAGUACCGGAAUCGGUGCAACGAUCUUUUAAUUAUUUAACUGACUAUCUAGAAUGCACGCCUCCGCCCCCACCAAUUUUCGAUUUACAUCCGAAAGUUUGUACUUCAACAUUAGAUUGUUUUCCAAACGUUUGUUGUCAAGAGGCUGGUCUACGUCACUGCAGACCACCUAAAAAAUCUGUAUUCACCAUGCUCGCUAAUGUCUUCAAUGUGGACUUUGUUAAACGUUUGACUCAAAAUAUUGUUAUUAAGUGAUACAAGAAAAUGCUCUUAGGUUUUUAGCAGCAAUAUCUUUUACAUAUUUAUACAAUAUACUUUUUAUAAGUUUGUUACAAUUUUUUUUUUGUUAAUGUUAUUUUCGUCAUAUAAAUGCUCUUAUCUUCAUUUUUACGUGUAUAUAGUGUAACUCUGACAAACUCAAAAAAAAAAAGUAUUUAUGUAGCAUCCUUA